CUUUGCUCCAGGUUAUAGUUUUCGGUUUUGCUUCAACAUAUUAAGGUCGAGAUCAACUGAUUAGCUGCCCUUACAUUCAUAACCAUUGAUUACUACACAACCACUCCGUGUUAAAACAUAAACAAAAAAUUUUUUUUCACUACUUCCUGUUUUACUAUUUUUUUGCAUUAAAUGUCUGACUCAACUGUCCGUAAGUCUCGUCGUACAAGAACAUUAUCAGAAAAGGCUCAAGGUAUGACCAAGCCAAUAGAACAAGAUACUGAAGAACAAUCUUUUAAAAGAAGGAAGUUGUCCCAAUCUGAAAUUAUUGAAGAACCUACUGAUAAGAUCGAUCCAGUGGAAAAGUUAUUAAGCUUGACGAGUAUAAAUAACGAUUUCUUGGUUGAAUUAGAAUCAUCUUCUUCCGAGGAAGAACAAGAGGAAGAAGAGGAAGAAGAACAACACAAUGAAAUUGCUUCGGUCAACUUCACCAAGAUAUUACAAGACAAUAUUCGAAAUUACUACUCGAGAAAGCUUCGAAUGAAUCAAUACAAAGAUAGUUUUGCAUUGUUGAAUAGUCACAGUGAAUCCACGACUAUUUCAACUGAACCAAUAAGUCCUAUAAAUAGUACCAACAAUUCAGUUCCAUUCUUUAAAAAUGUCAACUUUGGAAGUUCAAAGGAAUAUACCAUUGAUGAUUACUUUUCAUAUGAUGACGAAGAGUCCACCGAGACUGCUACCUCACCAAUUGCAUCUACAUCUACAUCGGCUACAUCUAGUCCUACUACUACUGCAUCUUCAUUAUACAUUCCUAAAAUCAACCAACGAUUUAACUAUCGUCAAAAUCAUUUGAACUUAGCAUCAUCAAACGACUAUGGCGCCGCUCCAAUGACAGCCAGUCCUUCAUAUUCCCAAGACAUUGUCAACAUCUUGAACAAGAGAUGUAUUCUUACUGGUAAAGCCAGUGAAAUGGUUUCUACAGGAAACUUUUUAAUCAAUGAUUUUUUCUUGUAACUGCAUGCAUGAAAAAAAAAUUUUUUUUUGUGUUUGUUUAAACGGGGAACAGUUUGCUUAUUUUUUUUUCAUCUGCAUUAUAAGAAUUCUUGCAUAUUUUUAACAUUCUAAUUCUUCUUGUUUCAAAGCUUUUUUAGUUAUUUAUUUAUUUAUUUAUUUCAUAAUUAAUACAUUAUUUCUGACUG